AUGCCCAACCAUGAACAUCAUCUGGCCCCAAAGCCCAAUUUAUGGGGUUCUUGCCGUUUAUCAAUAGCGUUUAGUGUUUUUUUGGCUUCGGUUCAUAUGGCCCUUCUCAGGGAUAAUCUCGGGAUAGCGUUGCUGUGCAUGUCGAAGCCUAGCGGGAACUUAACUUGUGAACCGAACGACGCCAUUGUGCCCACGCUGCCGUGGCUGAAUCUUAAACAGAACUGCGAAUUCGAAUGGGACUCUGCGACUCGUGGACGAAUUUUGGGCGCGUUCCUGUACGGCUAUAUAUCGACGACUAUGGUGGGCGGCUUCAUUGCAAACAAUUACGGUGCUAAAGUUCCAUUCAUGAUCGCAGUAUACGGAAACAUCAUAAUUCACCUGAUGGUCCCGUCGGCUGCACUGAUGCAUACAGAAUUGUUUUUCGCGUGCCGUUUUCUUCAAGGGAUGUUCGCGGGCUUGUUGGCCGGUCCGUUUUUCCAGUUGUUCAGUGCCUGGAUGUCGGAAGACGAGGCAUCGAUUCUGCUUAGUUUCGGCUUCAGCGGUUAUGCGUUCGGGACUAUUAUGAUUUACCCGCUGAGCGGUGCAUUGUGCGGUUCCAAUUUUAACGGUUUUGGGGGAUGGCCUCUAAUAUUUUACAUACCAGCGAUGAUAUCUUCUCUGUUCAUAUUAUAUUGGCACCGAUAUUUGUACGACGUGCCCGACAACCACCCUUACAUAACUCCAGAAGAACAUGAAUACCUAUUACAAAACGUUGGUAUAUCCGAUGAGCCGUCAGUAAUACCGUGGUUGUCCAUAUUCACAUCAAUGCCAUUUAUCGCGUACAUACUGUGUUACUCGGCAUUUUUGUGGAAUGUGUUCACCAUGAUGAACAUCAUGCCGAUGUUUUUGCAGACCAUGCUGGGUAUCCGAACUAGCGAGAGUGGAUAUUUGUAUUGCAUACCAUUUAUAUUGACGUUUUUGACUCGAAAUUUUAACGCUACAACAUAUCCAAUAGUCAAACAUUUUUCCGGGCUGUCGCAAACCGUGUGUCGAAAAAUAUACUGUUGUUUUGGGUGCCUAAUGGUUAUUACGUCACUCUUAAGCAUAAUCUAUGAAGAAAACAUUACCAAAUUGCAUAUCAUGGUCGCAAUAUCAAUAAACUUGGCUCUAGGUGAUUUCGCUUACAGUGGAGGCUUCUUUCCAACACUCCUCGAUUUAGCUCCAAAUUAUUCUGGUUUGUUGUCCGGUAUAUCAACGUUUAUCGCAUUCUUGGUUGCCAGUCCAUCGAGUGUAGUCAACAGCAUCAUUAUUGAACAAAACACCAAGGAAGAAUGGAACACGGUUCUAUGGAUAAUUGUAGCCUCGUUUGCGUUCAUAAUGUUCUUUUAUUUAAUAUUUGGAUCAGCUAAAUUGCAACUAUGGUCGAUUGCCAAAGUAGAAAUGGAAAUUCCUGAACCAGGAACAUUCCGGUCAACAAUAUAUACUGCAUCCAAAAAUAUGUCGGUCUUACGUCCCUCACAUAUAUUUUAA